ACUGCUGCUACACUUCGACGCUAUCUCUAGAACAUUCCGAUUAAGCACUGAAGAAGCAGAGCCGAGGAAGAAGAUGUCGUGGCAGACUUAUGUUGACGAUCACUUGAUGUGCGACGUCGAAGGCAGCCGCCUCACCGCCGCCGCAAUUCUCGGUCAAGACGGUAGCGUCUGGGCUCAGAGCGCUAAUUUCCCUCAGUUGAAGCCUGAGGAGAUCACUGGCAUCAACAACGAUUUUGCGGAGCCUGGAACGCUUGCCCCAACGGGAUUGUUCAUCGGUGGCACAAAGUACAUGGUCAUCCAAGGAGAGCCUAAUGCUGUCAUUCGUGGGAAGAAGGGAGCUGGUGGUGUUACCAUCAAGAAGACCACCCAAGCCUUGGUCUUUGGUAUCUAUGAAGAACCAAUGACUCCUGGACAGUGCAAUAUGGUUGUUGAGAGGCUCGGUGACUACCUUAUUGAAUCAGGGCUCUGAAAUCCAAGCUGUUUGCUAUGCUCCAUGUUGUCUCAAUUCUGAGAGGAAAACUAUUUAUAUAUCAAAUGUGAUCAAUCACUUUAUGUCCAACUGUGUAUUACCUACCAUGUGAUGGAUCUUGGGGUUGUUUGAUUAUAAUACAAUAUGGUAUUGUCUUCA